AUGGGCAAAGACCCCUCAGAAGGCUCUCUACCGACGUGCGGCAAUCUCUGGCUCAUCGUCAAAGCCGCAAUUCGAAGAUAUUUUAUAUCCGCCUCGAACCGCACCAUUCGCGUUGAAGACCUUACGCCAGCAACAUUCUCACCUUUCGGCUCCGUGGUCCAGAAUCCUGCUUCUCAUGGCGGAGCACCGAGACUCGAGUGCGCGGUAGCGAAUCAAGGUUCGGCAAAGAAAUGGCUGGAUAUUACGAAGAUGCAGAACUGGUAUGGGAUGGGGCGGAGUAAGGAGGCUGCGAAGGUCGUGAUGAACAUGUUCGUCUGUUCGCCACGAAGAUUGGAUUCGAUGAACGGGAGGGAGGUGUUCAAGGUGGGCGUAUUGGAGAGACAUCCUUUCACGCCGCAGACUUUUGUGCCUACGGGCCUGGACGGGAGGGAUCAGAAGACUUGCUAUCUUGUCAUUGUUGCUCCGACGCUGCCUCUCAGCUCGAGAAAGGGCGACCAGAGUGAUAAGAUGGAACCGGUGUAUCCUGUGCCAGCACCACAGAGGAAGACGAGCUUGAAGGAGAGAUUACUCGGGGCACGACCCAAUCUGUUCACGAAUGAUCAUACACCGAGCACUACGCCUACAGGUUCUUGGUCCGAUGCACCCACGCCGAAGGGACCUGGUUUGCCUGAUCUUGGGAACAUGCGGGCUUUCAUUGCGAGGGGUGAUCAAGCUGUCACUUAUGGUGCUGGUACAUGGCAUGCGCCAAUGGUGGUCCUUGGGCAGCAGGCGAUUGAGUUCGUGGUGGUUCAGUACGCGAAUGGAGUGGCCGAUGAGGACUGCCAGGAGAUAUUACUUGAGGCAGGAAGUGGAGAGGACGGUGUUGCUGUCCUGGUCGACAGCUUCUUUGACGAGGAUCCGUUGAAGGCGAAAUUGUGA